GUUUGUCCGAGCUACAGCUGCAAAGUUGAGACGAGUCUCUGUUUCUCUUUAACGAAAAAACUUCAUCAGCAUCUGUGACACUGUGUGUAGACAUGUCCGCUGCCAGCAACCUGAGAUCUGAAGAUCAGUUCCUGUGCUCCAUCUGUCUGGAUGUGUUCACUGAUCCAGUCACUACACCAUGUGGACACAACUUCUGUAAGAACUGCAUCACUACACACUGGAACAUUAAUGACAGGUGUCAGUGUCCCAAGUGUAAAAAGGUUUUUAAAAUAAGACCUGAGCUUCACAUCAACACUUUCAUCUCUGAGGUGGUUGCUCAGUUCAAACAUGAAGCUCAACAGAAAACCAGCAGCAGCAGCUCAGAGCAACAAGUUUCCAAACCAGGAGAAGUUCCCUGUGACGUCUGCACUGGAACCAAACUGAAGGCCCUGAAGUCCUGCCUGGUGUGUCUGACCUCCUACUGUGAGACUCACCUGGAGCCUCACCUGACAGUGUCAGGCCUGAAAAGACAUCAGCUGAUCGACCCUGUGGAGAACCUGGAAGACAGGAUGUGUACGAAGCACGAUAAACCUCUGGAGCUGUUCUGUCAGACCGACCAGACAUGUGUCUGCAUGCUCUGCUCUGUUUUAGACCACAAGACACAUGAGUUUGUUCCUCUGAAAGAAGGAUAUGAAGGAAAGAAGGCAGAGCUGGAGGAGACAGAGGCUGAAAUUCAGCAAAUGAUCCAGAAGAGACGACUGAAGAUUCAGGAGAUCAAACGGCUAGUCAACUUCAGCAAAGAAAAAGCAGACGGUGAGAUAGGAGAAGGUGUUCGGGUCUUCACUGCUCUGAUGGAGUCUGUCCAGAGAAGCUUGAAUAAUCUCAUUGACGAGAUCGAAGACAAACAGAAAACCACAGACAAACAGGCUGAAGACUUCAUCACAGAGCUGGAACAGGAAAUCUCUGAGCUGAUGAAGAGAAGCACUGAGGUGGAGCAGCUCUCACUCUCUGAAGACCACCUCCACCUCCUCCAAAGCUUCCCAUGCCUGAAAGCUGCUCCACCCACCAAGGACUGGACAGAGGUCAGAGUCCAUUUCCCAUCAUAUGUCGGGACUGUGGUGAGAGCUGUGGCUCAGCUGGAGGAGACGCUCAGUGAAGAGAUGAAGAAGCUGACUGUGACUGAGCUGAAGAGAAUUCAGCGAUAUGCAUUCAAUGUGACAUUUGAUCCUGAUACAGCACAUCCUGAACUCAUCCUGUCUGAUGAUGGAAAACAAGUAAAUCAUGGUGAUUUGAGGAAGAAUCUCCCAAACAACCGAGAGAGAUUUUCUGAUUGUCUCUGUGUCUUAGGAAAGCAGAGUUUCUCUUCAGGCAAAAUUUACUACAAAGUUCAGGUUAAAGGAAAAACUGACUGGGAUUUAGGAGUGGUCAGAGAGUCGAUCAACAGGAAGGGAUUCAUCACAUUGAGCCCUGCGGAUGGUAAUUGGACGAUAUGUUUGAGAAAUGGAAAUGAGUACAAAGCUCUUGAUGAGCCUCCAGUCCGUCUCUCUCUGAAGUCUCAGCCUGAGAAGGUGGGGGAGCUUGUGGAGUAUGAGGAGGGUCUGGUAUUCUUUUCUGAUGUAGCUGCCGCAGCUCUCAUCUACUCCUUUACUGGCUGCUCCUUCACUGAGAAACUCUAUUUGUAUUUUGGUCCUUGUCCUAAUGGUGGUGGUAAAAACUCCGCCCCUCUGAUCAUCACACCAAUCAACUGCACUUAAUAGACCAGUUAUUAACUGUGUAUGAAAGCAACUUGUGUUAAGUGCUAAGAAUAUAUUAAUUGGUAAUUCUCAGUGUAAUUUUUCUUUAUUGAUUCUUUAUUGAUUGAUUUAGUUGUUUUUUGUUAUGAUACCAUGUUUAUCUUGCAUUUAUCCCACUGUUUCUCCAUGCUGAUUGUUGUGGGACCCACUAAUGUGUCAGGAAAUGAGUUAAAAUGUGUAAAAUGGCAGAUAUAUUGAAAACCUCAGCUGUGUGUGAAGGUGUACACCUUGAUAUGAUCAGGUUCUAGGUUCUCACAGGAGCAACAAUCCAUUAAAGAUGUUGAGGUUACAAGUAUAAACUGUACAUAAAAUGAUGACAUUUUGAUGGAAUUUUGCAUUCUGUGUUUCUGACAUUCAUUUUAUUCUAAUU